AUGACUGAUAUUCAACAAGAAAUUCUAACAUCAGAAGGCACUGAUGUUCAAGUUGAACAAGCUCGAAAACAAAUUCAUGAUUGGCUUAAUAAACCAAUGCGAGUUUCAAUAAUUGAUGGACGUGUUCUUGUUGGUGUAUUACUUUGUACCGAUCGUGAUCAAAAUCUUAUCUUAGGCAAUUGUAAUGAAUAUAUUGGUUCACCAAGUGAACAAGAAGAAUUUCGUGCACUUGGUCUUGCACUUAUACCUGGCCAACAUAUUCAAUCAAUUUAUAUUGAUGAAAACUCUUCAUCAAUAUCACAUCAGUCAAAUCCAUCACAUAUACCAAUAACAAAAANACGGUGA